AUGGAGUGGCGCCGCUUCUGGAUGUUCCCGAUGCUCACUGCAAACGUGUUUUUUGCCAAUGCAGAGGAAGCGGAUAUCUCGGAAACCGCACAUAUUCUUGCAUCAAAAUUUACCCUCUCGCAGUAUGCAGUGGAGGGGAUGGAUUAUGUGAUUGAUUAUCGCUUAUAUAAUGUUGGUGACAAGGCGGCGCUGCGUGUGACGCUGGAUGAUCGCGAUGGCUUCCCGACACAGAACUUCGAAAUUAUACGAGGCCUCCUACAAGUUCGUUGGGACAGAAUAAAUGCCGGAGCGAAUGUUUCACAUUCAGUGGUGGUGCGCCCACGGUCUGUUGGUUUGUUCAAUUACUCGGCUGCCCAAAUAACCUACUAUCCGACUGAGGAUGCGAAAGAAAAGGACUAUGAUCGAAAGUUCUCGGCAAAAGUAGGCGUAUGGCUGGUGUUUUUGAUGCUCGUCUCACCAUCCACCGUGGUACCGUUCGUGCUCUGGUAUCAAAGCAAGGCAAAAUAUGACCAGGAGAAUUCGACAAAGAAAAUCAAGUGA